AUGUUUCGAAUCACACUCAACAACAUCUUGACAGCAACUAUAUUUGCACUCCUCUCCAGUCUCGUCUACAUUUACACAGCCGAACCGGCAACUUCAAUCAUCACGUCUGCAAAGCUCUCUGCAGCCAAGCGGCUCUUGACAAACCGUCACUUUUCCACCACCGCCAUUCACAACAAAAGAUCCGCCGCCAUGACCGCGACGUCUUCUGCUGUUCCCCGCACCAUCAGCAAGGCCUUUUUGGCCGUCGAGCAGUCCGAGGGCCAGGGUGCCCGCGUCCGCCGCUCCAUCGGCACGCCCGCCCUGCGCAACUUUACGCCCUUUUUGAUGCUCGAUCACUUUUCCAUCAAGCCCGGCGCUGGUUUCCCCGAUCACCCCCAUCGCGGCCAAGAGACCAUCACCUACCUCCUCGAAGGCGCUGUCGACCAUGAGGACUUUACCGGCGCGCGCGGCACCAUCAACGCCGGCGACCUGCAGUUCAUGCGCGCCGGCGAGGGCGUCGUGCACGCCGAGAUGCCGCGGCAGAACCCCGACGGCAGCGCCAACGUCGGCCUGCAGCUCUGGGUCGACCUGCCCCAGGACCUCAAGUACUCGGAGCCGCGGUACAAGGACCUCCGCGCGGCCGAGAUUCCCCACGUCGAGGCCGCCGACGGCAAGGCCACCAUCAAGGUCAUCUCCGGCCAGAGCCACGGCGUCGAGUCGGUCCAGGACGUCGCCUACACGCCCGUCUGGAUCCUCGACGUGACGCUCCGUCCGGGCGCCCAGGUCGUGCAGCCGCUUCCGCAAGGGUGGAACGCCUUUGCCUACGUCCUCGAGGGCGACGUCGUCUUUGGCAAGGACGGCGAGGGAAACCGCCUUCCCGUCGCGCAGUACCACAAUGCCGUAUUCAACAAGGAGGGCGACGCCGUCUAUGUCGAAAACGACGCGGAUGCGACCCGCGACGCCCGCCUCGUCAUCGUCGCCGGCACCCCGCUCGACCAGGAGAUUGUCCAGUACGGGCCCUUUGUCCUAAACUCCAAGGAGGAGGUCGUCCAGGCCCUCAUGGACUACCAGUCGCACUCGAAUGGAUUCGAACGCGCAGAGGGGUGGCAGUCGGAGAUUGGCAAGAGCAUGAGGCAUUGA